AUUUACAAACAUAUACGUUACAGUAACUGUUAGUCAUGUAGGGAAGAUCUUAUUGUUAUACUUUAUAAUAUAUAUUGACAAAUGGCUUAAUUUUCCAUGUUCUCAAUUUUUGUGAAUGGCUACUGCCACUAGUAGUUCUAAGCAACCAGUUUGUGUUCCUGAUAGUGUGACUGAAGAUAAGGUUGUACAUUGGAAAAUACAUCGUCGACAACUCGUUAACCCAUCGGUUUCUAUCUGCGAACUUGUUGAUGACGCGUCUGGUAAGAUAGACAUUAGAGCUCCUGGCUAUGGUUGGGUAACCAAGAUGAAAGAUGAAGGUGCCGUAGUUGUUUCUGGGUGUGUUCUAUUCAACUUCCUACCAUGCACACAUCACGUUGUAAUGAAAGACUUGUGUGCAGAAUGCGGUGCCAAUUUGCGUAGAGAAGGAGGAAUAUCAGGUGAACGGAUUACUGAUGCUAGUGCUAGUAUACCAAUGGUGCAUGCAAUCCCAGAACUUCAUGUCAGUGAAACAGUUGCAGAUGAAAUCGCCUUACAAGAUCAACAAAGUUUAUUGGCUGCUCGAAAACUUGUUUUACUGGUUGAUCUUGACCAGACAAUAAUACAUACAACUAAUGAUCCAAAAGCUUUUAAGUAUAAAAAUGUACAUCGAUAUCGUUUACCAGGAUCACCACUUGUUUAUCAUACACGAUUAAGACCUCAUUUAGAAAAAGUGUUAGAUUGUCUUAGUCAGUAUUAUCAAAUGCAUAUCUGCACUUUUGGUAACCGUGUCUAUGCACAUCAACUUGCUUCAAUGAUUGAUCCAAAACGUAGGUAUUUUUCACAACGUAUCCUAUCACGGGAUGAAUGUUUUAAUCCGGUUACAAAGUCAGCAAAUUUAAAAGCAUUAUUUCCCCGUGGCCUCAACCUAGUAUGUAUUAUUGAUGAUCGCGGUGAAGUAUGGGAUUGGUCUUCCAAUUUAAUUCAUGUUAAACCAUAUCGCUUUUUUCCAGAUAUUGGAGAUAUUAAUGCUUUUCCAUGGUCAUCACAACCAUCAUUAUCUUCAAUCCCUACUUCGUCAUCUGAUAGUUGUACAUCGACUUCAACAAAGGUCACAGAAUCCUCCUCCUCACCGUUAUCAAAUUGUUCAAAUGUUCAACUGAUCGAUAAAUCUGACCAAAAUAUGAAUUCACAGGUUGUUGAAGUUAAUGAGAGUAUUGUAUCACACGAUGUGGAAGCCAAGUCAAAUAACAAGGAUAAUACUACAACUGCUAUCAGCAUUGAUGAAAAACCGGUUCUCUGUACACUGGAUAAGACUAAUGAUAAUGCUUCUGUUACUACUACUGAUAAUAAUGAUGUUGAAUUUUGUCAAACUCAAUCAACUAGUGCAAAUAUCACACUAAACUUAUCCAAAUCAACUGAUAAUAUUGGAGACCAUAUAGACGAUAAUUCCAUUACAACUACCGUUGUUGAUGAUGAUCAUGACAAGAAUGAUAUUAAUAAUAAUGAUGAUCAUGAUUCAUUAUCGAAAAUAAAAGAGAUAGAAAUAGAAAUAGACGCUGCAGAUGAUGAUUAUUUAUUACGUUUACAAGAGAUUCUAUUGAGAAUUCAUCGAAAUUAUUUUAAAACUUAUGAUCUAUGGCAAACUGGUCAUUAUAAUCAUCAUAAAACAACAUUGAUAACAAAAUCAUCAGAGAAUAAACACAGUGACCAUUCAAUAAACUCAUCCAUUGUGAAUAAUUCACGUAAAAAUGUCUGCCUAACGAAUCCAACUGGAAAUACAGAUGUUAUAUCCACGUAUUUACCGCAUGUUUCUGAUAUUAUAGCCAAAUUAAGAAAAACUGUACUUGGUCCUAACUGUCAUAUCACAUUGUCUGGGUUAUCACCUGCACAUUUUCCUGCUGAUCGGUGUUUAGCUGGUCGAAUUGUACGCAGUUUAGGCGGUAUAUUGCAUGCAAGCUUAAGACUACCGUCAAUAUGCAAUCAGCCAAAUGGUAAUGAUGAUAAGAAUGGUGAUAAUACAACAUCUAUGCCAGUUAACAACUUGGAGCUAAAGUCCGAAUCUCAUGGUAUUGCGCAUACUCACUAUACAACGCAUUUAAUUGCUUGUCGUAGAGGAACAGAAAAAGUACAUGCUGCAUUAAAAUAUCUUACAAUAGAUAAUAAUAAUCUUCAAUUAAAUAAUAAUUCAUCUUCACAUUCACUUCAUCUUGUUUCACCGCAAUGGUUAUGGUCUUGUCAUUAUCAUUGGGAUCAUGUAUGUGAAUCAAAGUAUCCGUUAGAUCGUGAUUUUCAUCCAAGUGAUUUUGAUCCGGAUAUUGAACCGAUUCCAGGUACAAUUCGAUAUGCGAAACGUAUGCGACGACACUAUUAUCAUCAUCAUCAUUCCCAUAUUAACCCUUCUGAUGGACUUCAUCAUCAUUCUACGCAUAAUGAUAAUCGUUCACGUCAUCAUCGCCACGGUCAUAGUCGUCAUCACCACCAUCGUCAUUCUCAACAUCAUACUCAUCUUCAAGAUAAACAUUAUCAUAAGCAUUCACAUAAACAUCAUCGAUUAUCUAUGGAAUUAGAACCGUCUUCUGAUAUAAGUGAUGACAUUGAACAGAAAAUACCUCGUCUAGAUCCAAGUGUAGUCCGAUCCGCUUUAGAUUCUAUUCGUACAGAACGAGAAAAUGAUCGCAAACGUAAAUUGAGAAAGAAAUCUAAAACUAAAAGACAUUAUAAACGACACCGUCGAGAUUUAUCUCAUCAUGAAAAUGCAAAAGUGAAGAAUAUUUCAUUAAUUGAUAAUGUAACUAUAAAUGAUCAGGGUGGAAUAGUGUCUGAAAAUGAAAGUUCUUCAUCUUCUUCGUCAUCACCAUCAUUGAAAUCUGAUUCCUCUAUAGAAUCAGAUCUUGAUCAUCAUGAGAGACAACCAAAUAAUCCAUCAUCAUCAUCCACAGAACAUUCCACAAAGCAAGGAAAUAUUUCAACAGAAAAUUCGAAAUUAGCAUGUUUAUUUGAUGAAUCAUUAUGUGAUCAUACUGAAAUUUGUCAAAAUAAUAGUAUUAUAAAUUGUGAUCUAUGUAAAUCAAAUUCAUCAUUAUUAUGUAAUUCUGACAAGUUACUAAUAAAAAGUCCAGUUGAUCAUUAUGUGACAGAAAUUAAAGAUGAAGGAGAUCAAGAUUUCAAUGAAUAUACAACAACAAGAAAUCUCAUAGAAUUAAACGAUGAUGAAGAAGAGAGAGAAGGUACAGGAAACACAGAACAGUUCAAUGGGGAUGACGAAGAUGUUAAUGACGAUGAUGGUGAAGAGGAUGAACAUUCCGAUUUAACCAAUGAACAAAUUGAAGGAGAAGAGGAAGUUAAAGCUCAACUCAGUGACUAUUUACCACCUCCAACAACUUUAGUAUUGGCAGAUAAUCCUUUGAUGCACUUACCUCCAGAUGCAACUGGUAAAAUGCUCGCUGAAAUUGAAGAUGCUGUUCUUGAAGAAGUAACUGAAAGAGCUACAUCAGUUCCUCGAGAAGCUGAAAUCUAUGAUCCAGCUAUAGAUAAUUUUAAUGAUUCUUCGUCAACAGAUUCUUCAUCAGACAAUCAAACAUCUGUUGUUGAAUUAACUAAAUUUCAUAAAUCUCAUAUUACAACUAAAGAAUUACUCAAAAAUCCAAUGGAAUGUGAUCGUAGAACAUUAAAUUGGCAGGUACAAAGGGAAUUACUAGUACGUAGACGUCAUCGUGCAUCUCCUGUAGAAACUACAAAAAUUGACCGCGAAAUUCGCCGUUUAGAUCAACGUUUCCGUAGGGAAAGUCGACGUCGACGUUCAUGUGAUGAUUUAAUGUUUGGAUCAAUGAAAUCAAUUAACAGUGAUAAUGAUAAUUUCUUUAAUGAGUCGGACAGCGAUUGUGAUUCAUACGAUGCUGAUUAUCCAAAAGGUUGGGGCCCUGAUGAACACAUUCACAAAGUUCCUAAACAUCGCUUUUCAAGUCAUAAACGUUGGCUUAUUGGUUCACAUCAUCAUAAAUGUAGUCGUUUAUCUGUCUCUCCAGCAAUACACUCUGACCCUGAACCGAAUACUAAUUGGUGGAUACAAGAUACAGAAGAUGCAGAAAAUAAAGAAUGGAACACUUGCCCUGAAGGUUAUGAUUAUGCUGAUGCUGAACGUACUCGAGAAAUACUGUAUGAUUCUCGACGUGAUAGAUAUGAAUCAUGCAAAUAUGAAAAUAAUAUAGCUUAUCAAAAAAGAGGUCAUGGUAAUUUAACACGAUGUCUAUUUGGUGCCGAUGAUAGUCCAGAAGAUAUAAAUCAAUCUAGUGCAGACGAUGAAGAUGUAAUAGGUCCAAUCUCUGAUGUAUCAAUUGGUGAAGAUUCCGGUGACCUAGAAAAUGAUGAUGAUGAUGAUGAUGACGAAGAAGAGGAAGAUGAAGAUCUAACUAAUGAACGAUGGGAUCCAUUAAGAGAGUUUAUGUAAUAGCUUUAUUCAUUAUAUUUUAUUAUUGUUUAUGUAAUUGUACAUAUAUCUAUCACUUGUUUUCUUUAUAUUAUCGAUUUCUACUUUUUUAGUGUAUGUUUAUAGAGCGUGAUAUUGAUUAUCUUGUUACACCUUUUAAUCAUUCUUUACUAAUCAUAAUUAUUUUUAAACAUACAAUUUUAAUGUUUCUUUCUUUUAAAAAAACAAACAAAAAGUUACUCAUGAAAAGACACGAGAAACAAAACCACAUUUAAUUUAUUUUGUCUUUCGUAAUGUUUGGAUCAUUUUGCAAUGAAAAUAAAUGAAGAAUUGCAGUUGAUGAAAUUUUACUACUUUGAAUUGUUUCUUUUUUUUUAAUACUAAGAAUACUUGAAAUCCAUGGCAGAUAUCUGGAAUAAAUACCCGA